ACAGUCGCUUAGCGAUGACGUCAAAUGCGCGACGCCGGUGUUUGGAAGAUGCAGACGGAAACGUGACACGAAAGUUGGGAGGGAGUUUCUCGUUUUAGAGAAUUAAUAACUGACGUGUUUUUGGAAAGAAUAUCUCUGUUGAAUCCAAAAUGAGUUCGUUAAUGCCGCAGAAGCGUUACUACAGACAGCGAGCACAUUCAAACCCGAUGGCACAUCAUACGUUUGAUUAUCCUGUGUGUCCAGAGGAGAUGGACUGGGUCUCGCUAUAUCCACAAUACUUCACAGGAGACCAGUCUCAGGAACGAACGACACAGGUUGAGUUUGCAGAUAUUGGGUGUGGAUACGGAGGACUUUUGGUGGAGUUAUCUCCACUCUUCCCAGACAAGCUCAUGCUGGGUCUGGAGAUCCGCGUGAAAGUGUCCGAUUAUGUCCAGGAUCGCAUCAAGUCUUUGCGUGAGGCCAGUCCACAAAGCUACCAGAACAUUGCUUGCAUUCGCAGCAAUGCCAUGAAGUAUCUUCCAAACUUCUUCAAGAAAGGACAGCUUAGUAAGAUGUUCUUCCUUUUCCCGGACCCUCAUUUUAAGAAGACGAAGCACAAAUGGAGGAUCAUCAGUCCCACGUUACUGGCAGAAUAUGCCUACACACUUAGGAUCGGGGGUUUGGUCUACACCAUCACAGAUGUGGAGGAGGUCCACCUUUGGAUGGUGAAGCACUUCAGUGAACAUCCGUUAUUUACACGGGUGCCAGAUGAAGAAUUGGUUGAUGAUGUCAUAAUUUCUCGUUUGGGUAUUUGCACAGAGGAAGGAAAGAAAGUGCAGCGAAAUGGGAAGAAAAACUUUCCUGCUAUUUUCCGCAGGAACGAAGAUCCAAGAUCAGACUGAACCUUUUAAUUUAAUUUCACGAAUCACAAUAAGACUUUUGCUGUUCUCAGUGCAACAUGGGGAUAAAACAUUUGUGUUGGAUAUCUCCUCCAGUUGUUGCUACACUGCACUGUUGUGAGCCUUCAGAUGUGCUAUUUGUAGUUUAAAAAAAAUAUAUAUUUUUUUCCCAAUGUUUUUAUGGUUUUCUUUUUUUCUUUGUAAACUAUUUUGUUGUGGUUUCCUGUAUCUCAUUUUGUAAAACUCAAUUACAAUCAUUGUAAUAGUCUUGUUAUACAGUGCGAACAAUAAAGAGAGCAGGAAAAAAAAAUCUUUCUCAAAAUAAUGUCAAAAUUUUCUUGGAUAAUUUCAGUGAGAAACAUCCAGCAAGCCCCUCUUUUGUCCAUACAUGGGACUUUUUUUUACUUUCAUCCUCUUUGUUUUCUUCAUUGGACCAAACUUACAGAUGGAAUCUAAGGCUGAGACAGGUUGGUUUAAUUGAGCAUGGGCAU